AUGGUUCUUAAGGAUGUAGAGAGACAAGAGAUUGAGUUCGUUACCGAGAUUUUGAACUGCUUACCAAUCGCCAACAUUGAACAAUUCAGCCCCGAUAUGAUUGGCCAAGCUCAUCUUGUGGAACAAGUCUCUCUUGGAAUUGGAAUGAUUUUGAACAUCGGUGUAGUCAAAGACAUGUGGAAAAGUACCUCUCUUCUCGUCCGUGCUCCUAGACACCUAGCACUAUGUACAAUUCCCUUACAUGUUUCUUCUAAAUCUAUUUAG